AUGCCUAUCCAACUCAGCAAAGCCAUCACUUUGGUAUGGUUUUACGGCGAGACAGUGUGCAAAAUCGUAAAUUAUAUACAGGGUGUCGCCGUAGCAGCAAGUGUUUUCACCUUGACAGCGAUGUCAGUAGAUCGUUGGCUAUCUAUCGCUCCUGAGCCUCGUCUCAGGCCUCCAGGAAGAAAGCAGGCCUUGAUGCUGCUAGCGUUACUAUGGAUAGCAGCACUUCUCAUCUUCAUACCACUCCUUAUAGUGGCAUCUGUGAGAAAGGAGUCUGUCCCUAUUAUCUCUAAGGCUUAUAAGAAUAUUUCGAUAGAAACAAGAGAUGUACAUUUUUGUACAGAGGAAUGGCCGAGUCAAGAGACACGCAAGCAAUUCGGCACUUUUAGUUUUACCUUAGUUUAUGCAAUACCUGGAUCAAUCACAAUCCUGUCGUACGCUUGCAUGGGCAGGACGCUGUGUUCUGUGCGACCGCCUUUCGACAUCGACGAAGGAAACGUUAGCAUGCAACAGGGUCUAAGACUGAUGAAGGAAAGGAAGAGAGUGGCGUGGAUACUACUUCUGCUGGCGGUACUGUUCGCUUUGUGUUGGAUGCCGUAUAAUAUCAUGCAAUUACUACUUGACAUUAACGCCGUCAAUCCCAAGGACUUGAGCAUGUAUCUACCAUACGCUCUAUUUGUAGGUCACGCCAAUUCAGCCAUCAACCCGAUCGUUUACUGUCUCAUGACGAGAAACUUCCAGCGUUCAGUACACAAGCUGCUGUGUGGACGAGCGAUGUGUCAACAGACCAAGUUCACGGUGAGUCGAAAUCUAAAUUAUGAAAAUUGU